UUUGCUCAUUAACCUCAAAGCUUGGUGCUUUAUUUUUGUCACUUUUAAUUUUCUUUUUCAGAAAAUAGAAAAAAAAUCCUUUUUUUUUUCAGGGUUUUACUGAUUCUGGUUUUCACAAAGCUUUUUGGAGAAGGGGGUGUUUUAGAACCAGUAAUUUUCAAAGGAAUCUUGUAGGUUUUGAACUGAGAGUGUGAAGUUCUCAACUUCUGCAUUCCCUCAUUGGGAGAGAGACAAGAAAAAGGUAUUGAAUUUGCUGCAAACAGAGCAAAAAAGGAAAGGAAAAAAAAACUGUUUUUGGUGCAAAAGAGAUUUUUGGAAGAUGAUUGCUGAGAAACCUAGCUGGGUUAGGCAUGAGGGCAUGCAAAUUUUCUCCAUUGAUGUUCAACCCGGUGGGCUCCGGUUUGCUACUGGUGGUGGUGACCACAAGGUUCGAAUAUGGAAUAUGAAGUCUGUUUUUAGGGACAUUGCGAAUGAUGAGUCUUCUUCUCAGAGGCUUCUUGCAACCCUACGGGAUCAUUUUGGGUCUGUUAACUGUGUUAGGUGGGCUAAGCAUGGAAAAUAUGUCGCAUCAGGGUCAGAUGAUCAGGUUAUAUUAAUUCAUGAGAGAAAGCCUGGUUCAGGAAUCACCGAAUUUGGCAGUGGCGAGCCACCGGAUAUUGAGAACUGGAAAGUUGCAAUGACUUUGAGAGGGCACACUGCAGAUGUGGUGGAUCUUAAUUGGUCUCCCGAUGAUUCCGCAUUGGCUAGUGGGAGUUUGGACAACACCAUCCAUAUAUGGAAUACGAGCAAUGGCAUUUGCACUGCUGUUCUAAGGGGCCACUCUAGCCUUGUUAAGGGGGUUGCUUGGGAUCCUAUUGGAUCUUUUAUAGCAAGUCAGUCUGAUGAUAAAACUGUCAUUAUUUGGCAAACUAGUGAUUGGAGUCUUGCUCAUAGGACAGAUGGUCACUGGGCUAAAUCACUUGGAUCAACCUUUUUCAGGCGACUUGGAUGGUCUCCCUGUGGUCAUUUUAUCACCACUACUCAUGGUUUCCAGAAGCCAAGGCAUUCUGCCCCCGUGCUUGAGAGAGGGGAGUGGACUGCAACAUUUGACUUCUUAGGACACAAUGCUCCGGUUAUUGUGGUGAAGUUCAACCAUUCAAUGUUCAGAAAGAAUUCCUCUAAUGCUCAAGAAGCGAAGUCUGUGCCUGUUGGGUGGGCCAAUGGUGCUUCGAAGUCAGGAAACAAAGAGCCACAGCCAUACAAUGUUAUUGCCAUUGGAAGUCAGGAUCGAACUAUAACCGUAUGGACAACUGCAAGUCCCCGUCCUCUUUUUGUGGCUAAGCAUUUCUUUACUCAAAGUGUGGUAGAUUUAUCCUGGAGCCCUGACGGAUAUUCACUUUUUGCCUGUUCAUUGGAUGGAUCCGUGGCUACAUUCCAUUUUGAGGUGAAAGAACUUGGUCAGAAACUAAGUGAUGCUGAGCUAGAUGAGUUGAAGAGAAGUCGCUAUGGCGACGUGAAAGGUCGUCAAGCAAACUUAGCAGAGUCUCCAGCACAGUUAUUGUUAGAAGCAGCUUCUACCAAGCAAGCACCUAGCAAAAAAGUGGUUUCUGAUGUCCAGAAAAUCACGACUAUAUCAAAAUCUUAUGUUGAUUUGCGCGUAACUACACAGAAUGCUGAGCCUCAAGUUGAUCAUAGUAAAAAGAGUGAAGGUCAUGUUGGUGAUGCAUUAAACAAAGUUACAACCUGUGCCCGGAUUUCUAGCCCUGUCAAGCAAAGAGAAUAUAGACGACCUGAUGGCAGAAAAAGAAUUAUUCCAGAAGCAGUUGGAGUGCCUGUUCAGCAGGAAAAUGUUUCUUGCGGAGUUCAGUCCCAAGCACUUGAUUUCCCUCUUUUGUCUUCUGAUCACAGAAAGGGUACAAAUGUAAUUGCAUCUAAUGAUGAUAGUGUAAGAGCAGUUACCUUGGGAGGUGGACCUGGCAGACCUUCAGAUUUAAAAGAACGUUCUGGCGUUACUGCUAGGACCACAAUUUCCGAGAGCCUAGUGAUUGAGAAAGUUCCAGAUUCUUCUGGCAGAGAUAGAAAUAUCAAUGCUGAGCAAUUGGGAAACUCGAUGACUACUGGUUCUAUGGCUGCUUCUGGUACUACUCUUUCAAUUUGGGUAUUUGACAAGAAAGGCGGGGAGGAUACUUCAUCUAUGUGUUUGGAAGCAUGCCCUAGAGAACAUGCUGUGAAUGACAUUAUAGGGGUGAAAAACACAUCCAUGUUAAAGGAAACAGAUAUUACUUGCAAAAGGGGGCCUCAAACUCUUUGGUCUGAUAGGAUAUCAGGAAAAGUCACUGUUUUAGCUGGAAAUGCAAAUUUCUGGGCAGUUGGGUGUGAAGAUGGAUCUCUGCAGAUUUAUACAAAGUGUGGGAGACGAGCAAUGCCUACCAUGAUGAUGGGAUCUGCAGCAACAUUCGUAGACUGUGAUGAGUGCUGGAAAUUGUUGCUGGUGACUAGAAAAGGAUCCCUUUAUUUAUGGGAUUUAUUCAACCGAACCUGUCUCCUUCACGACUCGUUGGCUUCUCUAGUUGCUUCAAGUCCUAACUCAUCGGCUAAAGAUGCUGGAUCUAUUAAAGUUAUAUCUGCAAAGCUAUCAAAAUCUGGUUCUCCUCUGGUUGUUUUGGCCACUCGUCAUGCUUUCCUAUUUGACAUGAAUCUCAAGUGUUGGCUAAGGGUUGCGGAUGACUGCUUCCCUGCAUCAAACUUUGCCAGCUCUUGGAGUUUGGGCUCCGUUCAAAGUGGUGAAUUGGCUGCUUUGCAGGUUGAUGUUAGAAAAUAUUUGGCUCGGAAGCCUGGUUGGACUAGAGUGACUGAUGAUGGAGUGCAGACACGUGCUCACUUGGAAGCUCAGUUGGCCUCUUCUUUGGCUUUGGGAUCCCCCAAUGAAUAUCGCCAAUGCCUGUUGUCCUAUGUACGCUUUCUUGCAAGAGAAGCGGAUGAAUCUCGACUACGAGAAGUCUGUGAGAGUUUCCUUGGACCUCCAUUAGGGAUGGCGGAAGAAGCAUCUUCAGAUUCAAAGAGCUUAGCAUGGGAUCCUUUUGUGCUUGGAAUGAGGAAGCACAAACUCCUUAUGGAAGAUAUUCUUCCAUCCAUGGCAUCAAACAGGAAAGUCCAGAGACUGCUUAAUGAAUUCAUGGAUCUGUUAUCCGAAUACGAAAUUGCUGAUGCUAAUCCAGUGUUACCUAAGACAUCUUCACCACUAACCAAUCAAAUAGAGAGUGGUUCACUAGCAACAGAUAAAGUGGACACUGCUCCACCAAAAUUAGAUCAGAAGUAUCCUGAGGAUGCAGCCAUAGAUAGCAAUGCCCAGGUGGCAAAUGAUCAAACAAUUUUCACUCCUGCACUUGCAAAUGAAGUAAAUGCCCAUAUGACUGACCAAGUUAGCCAGGAUACACAAGCAAAAGAAAGAGCUUCUUGACUUUUGAAGGAAACCAGAGCUGCUUACUUAAGAAAACUUAUGCUAGAUGUGUAAAUCUAAACUUUCUGUUAAUUUUGUCUAACAGCUGUGGAAAAUCCAUAUCUGUAUAAGUGACUGUUGAUAGUUUUGUUAACUGUUUAAGAUUAUGCUGGUAGAAUGGCAACAAGGAAGCACAUGUACUUUAAAAUGAUGCCAUUUGACGCAUAGUUAUGUAAGAUAUUU